CUAACAUUCCCUGACGUAACUUGAUAUAUAUAUUAGCUUACAAAAGUACUCUAAAUUAUUGUAAACACAAAUUAUGUCCAUGGACGAAUCACGAGUCCAUCAGUGGGUCUUAUGUGCUCUGGCAGGAGUAACAGGCUUUGUUUGCGGAGCGUUUGUCCAGCAGGAGGCUUCGAUAAGACUACUUUACCGGCAGAUCCGAAGGGAUCCCUAUAUUUACCACCACCGUCAUAAGUUGUAUCCUAUGUUUUCGACCUUUACAACGGAUCAUGAAACGCGUUUGUGGAAUCGCUCUUCCUCACUGGCAGACAAAUUCCGAGAGCUGGUCGUAUCACCCGUUUUUGAUUUCAUUAGCGCAGUUUUCAUGCUCAAAACGGAUUCGGCGACCACAACUGAUCUUUUGGAUUUAAUCAAAUAUGGACUACCCAGCACGGAGAACUUGUACGUCCACAAGGACUAUAUUGUUUCGCAGGACAUGUGCACAAACUCUCCUAGAUGGAUAUGUGAGCACUUCCGCGGGGAUUACCAAAAGAUAGUGUCGGAUGAUGGUGGUUAUAGCAACAUAAAUCUUCGCUAUAAUGAUGUCUAUGUCUUGAGCUGCGGCUCGAUGAAGAUCUGCAAGGCUUUCAAGCGAAAAAUAUGGAACGAUCUCGAGAAAUAUGUAUCCGCGAAGGCACAGGAAUUUGGCUCAGUGUAUGCCUACACUGGACCGAUUUACACGCCCUUCUGCCACGAGAACGGUAAAUGGUCUAUGAAGUACGAGGUGUUUGAUUGGAUUCCAACGCCAGUGCCCUCGCAUUAUUUUAAGGUUCUGAUUGUGGAAAGCAGAAUGCCUGGAGUAUAUCCCUUUAUGGAGGGCUAUAUCAUUGAAAACAGCCGCUCAGUGGGUGGAAAGUUGGGUGAUCAUCGGGCCAAGAUCGACGAAAUAGAGCGAUUCACGGGUCUUAAAUUUAACAAGGUCCUAAGACCAGUUGUGGAGUUCGACAAAAACACAUUUAGGUUGGACACCAGGGCGUGGGCGGGUCGAUUUGAGGAAAUUUCCGAGCCACUUAUCUCCCUUCCCGCGAAUAAAGAAAUAAAAGAAUUCUAAAUUAA